AUGAAGAUUUGUGAUCAGAUGGUCACCGCCACAUCUGAUCAAGAUGCAGUCGCCGCCCAAAAGGUUGGAGAUAUGAACUACUACAACAAGACAAGCAUGACAGUAGAUGCUGGCAAGAAUCUUGUAGAUGCUGGCAAGAAUCUUGUAGCCACUGCUGAUAUGGAUUUGGCUCUUUCAUCUCAAUACGACCAAAAGCGAAUUAUUCCACCUGAAAUUGUUUACAAGAUCCUGGAUCUCCUCUUUAAGAAACAUGAUAUGCCGACAAUCUGGUGUAUUUCUCUUUCCGCCCGUAUCUACUAUCAUUAUGUCGCAAAAUUCUACCAUCUAUUUGGAAAUCGUCUUACAAGAAAGGAAACAAGAGAGCUAGCUCCGCUUCUUAAGAACUGGAUGGGAGAUCAAUACCGAAUCAUGCGCCUACAGACCAUGGAUGCAAUCUACUCGACAGCCUUAUUCCACAACAAUACAAUGUUUCUCUCACGCAAAGUCUACGGCGAAACAGAUACAAAGGAGCAAGCUCUGUGCCAGAGGUUUGAAGACUAUAAUAAUUUCACAGCUCCACUGAACAGUAUGCUCCAUAGGCUUCCAUGCUACAACGGUCUCCGCAUUCCAGAUCCAACUAGAAAGGGAGCAGAUUGGUAUGAAGAGACGGCUAAGUCCCUGUUGCUUUGCGUUAUCCAGAAUUGGGACAAAGGCAGCGGAAAACCAAUCAGUUCCUGGUUCGAGAAUCGAGACUCGCCAGAGUAUCCUGCUCGUCAACACUUUUGGCAGGAGUACUUGCACAGUAGUCUACGAGUAUGGGCUCAUUACGAAGGAGAAGAGUUUGGAGGGAAGCCUUCAUGGAGAAGACGUUCAUGUGAUUUAACUGGCCAAUACGAUCGGCCAUAUUCGAGGAAGCCGAACUGGACUUACAAUGGCUGUGAUAAUUUACAUAGGGGUCAUUAUAUACAAGAGGGCAAAAGCAAGGACGAAGUUAUGCAAAUGAUUCCAGAUCACACUAUUCUCAAAUGGAUGAUACAUUAUGAUGGCGAGAAAUGGGUUACCAAGGCUAUCUGUUUCCCGAAAGAAACUUCAAUGAAAGAAGCUUUGAAAGCCUUUGAGAGAGAUAUCGAGGAGUCUUGGGGUCCGUUGUAUUAG